CAUGUUAUAAAGUUUAAGCUCCUAAUCUUAAGGUCACUAGUAAUUGAAUGCUAGAUAGAACUUAAUGUUUAAAUUCAUUAUUGGGCUCUUCUCUACUCUUCAAUCAAAUUUCUAUUCUAGAUAGCUCUUCAACAUACAUUUCUUCAACCUAAUGUCUCAAUUUAGGGAUCAAUGCAGAUUUUUUUUUUUUUUUUUUUAUAUCUUAUUCAUCUUCGGGGGAGUAAAAUAAUUUAUGAUGAAAUAAAUAAGAUACUUCUUGUUGGUUUUAUCUCCUUUUAUUGUCAAGAGAAUAAAGUGAUAUGUCUAACAAUCAGUAAACAAUUGAUUUAAGUUCAUCUACUCAAGAAUUGCUUAUAAGUGCCAGGGAAUAUUGUACUGAAAAUCUGCUAGAGGAUGUUGUGCUGCUACUACUGAACAGUUUCAUAGUAGAUAAUGGUUUCCUUGGUGAUGCAAUAGUAUUGAACACUUCCAUAGUUGAUUAUGGGCACCUGCUUUAUGCAUGUAGUAUCCCUCCUAUGUAUCUGCUCCAACCAUUAAAAGAUCCAUAUUCUGUGCUCCCGGUGGUUACCUUUUUACCUUGAAAUAUGUCAUCUUCAACUUCCAUGGUGACAAUUGGUGAGAAAUUUCUUUGGGCGUGGACAAAUAGAACCAAAAUGUUAGCUCAAGAUAAUAAAACUAGCUGCAACCAGGAAAUUCUUUAUCAAAUAGCUCUAACCAAGUGGUUAAUACUGAUGGUUUGUCCGAAUGUAAUAGUUUCUGUAAAUAGCAUAGUGAUCAGAAUAUUUGGUGCAAAGGAGAAGUUUGACCAGUUAAUAUCAUUACAGUCGUAUUUCUAACUAGCAUUAUUAUAGUUGGAUUUAUUUAUAUUCACGUCAUUAUGAUGGAUAUGCACCGUCACAGGUGGUGAUUAUUGCAUGCUUAAUGAUAAAUGUUAGCAGACAUGGUUUUCAUCACAUCAGAAGAAAGAAGAAACUGCACACGAUGAACCAAAUGAUGCUCUAUCAUAGGGCAUAUGAUACCGGCAAAAGUUUUUUCUUUCAAGGACAUAAUUCAUGGAGAAAAAUAGGACCGGUAUUACUAAAGAUUGAGGCAAGAGAAACUACUGUCAAGAGAAUUAGAGUUUAUGGAGUAAUGUUGGAGACUGAAUAUAAACAGGGCACUGGGAAGAAAAUAGUAGCCCCUUUCAGAGGAUAUGAUGUUAGAUAUACUGCAAUUGCAGAAGGCACAUUUCAUCUGGUUUGUUUGCAUGACAUCUCACUUCUCACAGUUCGAACAUGUUUCUGUGCUUAUCAUGGCAUGCACACGUGAACCUACUUAUUUACUAGCUCGGCAGAGACUCUAAUCAAGUUUUGUAUGAUCUCUGCUGCAGCAGUGUUUUUCUUUGACUAAAUAGGUAAUCCUAUUUAGUACCCGCAUUUUGUUAUACCAUAUCUCUUUCACUUUUAUAAACAUCCCAACACAUGUAAACAAAAUGUGAUGUUGAUCCUUUUUAUUGUGACCUUGUAUUGAUAUGUUCUGCACGCUUCUUUCUCAAUCCUCCUUUUGAAUCACAAAUAAAAUAUGUUGUUUGUUGAGAUUGGCAGCUUUAAUAGGAAGUUUGUACUGGAGAGUGAUUAAUGCAGUUCACAGGAAAUAAUUACAGUGCAUGGAUGGAUUCUCUGGACUGACUUGCAAUGCCUUGUGUAGGAGCUUAGAACAACCCCUGGAUGACUGAGAUAUGGUGAUCGUUUAGCAUCUGUUCCCGCGAGCUCUCGAAGCACUUGGAACAGAGGAAUUUAAUGGUAACUCCAAGUUGGUUUCAUCUAUUUAUAUAUGUAUAUUCAUGAUGUGUUGAAAGACAGUGCUUCUGUGUGGUUCAUAGCAUAGCUGCUGUUCGUCGGUCGUCAAUCUGGGGUCUGCUUUGGAGAGUGAGAGCCCAAGAAAUCAGAGAGGGUAUUGAGUGAACCGUACAUAUUUGUUUCUGCAUUUGAAUUAUAAAUCUAGAGCCCAAGAAUCACAGGGGCCUUUCAGAAUCCCAGGUGUGGCUAUUCUACCCUUAAUCUUAUACUUCAGUUUGCAGCAAGUGCCUUACAUAAACUCAAAUGACUUACUAAUGAUGGAGUAUUUAGUAGAUGGAAGUUUACAUGUUAUUGAGGCCUGUUGUGGAAGUAAUUGAAAUGUCCAGGCGACAGACUCAUGGACUUGAAGAUGAUUUGCUAAAAAUACAGGUUUAUUUAGUUUAAAGUUAGGGAUAUUUUAUUAUAAAGCUCGUGAGGAACUCUUGCUCCACUGGAUUAUGCAUGUGGUUGCUAUGCCUAAUGUUAUUCUACCCUUAAUCAGGCCAUCUUGUUCCAUGACUGUAAUUGCUUAAAGAUUCAGAAUUCAGAUGCUAUUCAGAAGUCACGGCAGAUCAGUCUACACUAAAGGAAAAGUGACAGACAAAAAGAGUGAAAAAUAGCGGUUAACCCCGGUGGAAUUCCAAAUGAAUAGGUUAAAGAAAACGGCUCAGGAGGAGGAGGUGGCUCUCCCUCGUACGAUGCUCAAAGCACAAGUCCUCCUAACCCACCUUGCUCCCCGCCAACUGAGCCUUUUGAAAUCCCAACCAGUCCCAGUCCAUUCGCCGAAGCAGAUUCACUGCGAGUCGCUCCUGUCCAUCUUGAGAAGAUGUACUUCCACGAGGACGGUCCAGCAAGUCCACUCCCAGAUGCUCGCGAGCUCCGUCGACAAGCCCAACUUCCUCCUCGCGAAGCUCGUCGACCUCAAGGACGUGUCCUACGCUUCCCUCGUUUUCUCUCGAAUCCCUCGACCCAAUGACUACGCCUUCAAUGUCAUGAUCCGGGGCUUGACCACAACGCGGCACGACUACUCCCUGACGCUGCACUUCUAUUACCGAAUGAAAUGUGUAGGAGUGAAACCCAAUAAUUUCACGUACCCAUUUCUGUUCAUAGCUUGCGCGAAUCUUCUCGAGUUGGACCAUGGUCGGGCGGCGCAUUCUUCGGUGUUUAAGACUGGGUUGGAUUCGGACAGUCACACCAGUCACUCGUUGAUUAUGAUGUAUGCCAAGUGCCGGGAGCUGGAGAAUGCACGCAAGGUGUUUGACGAAAUUACCGACAGAGAUGUGGUGUCGUGGAACUCGAUGAUCUCUGGGUAUGCGAAAAUGGGUUUUGCGGGGGAUGCAGUCGAGCUGUUCAGGAAAAUGGGGGAGGAAGGCUUCAUGCCUGAUGAAAUGACUGUGGUGAGCACUCUCACAGCGUGUGGAGACUUGGGGAAUCUGACAUUUGGCAAGUGGAUAGAGGGAUAUGUUCUGGAUAACGGGAUGAAGUUGAACUCUUACGUGGGAUCUGCCUUGAUUGAUAUGUAUGGGAAAUGUGGGGAUUUGACAUCAGCGAGGAGGAUUUUUGAUAAAAUGGUUAAGAGGGAUAUAGUGACUUGGAAUGCUAUGAUCACAGGUUAUGCCCAAAAUGGGAUGGCUGAAGAAGCGAUUACACUAUUUAGCACGAUGAGAGAGGUUGGCAUUGAUCCGGACAAAAUUACAUUGCUUGGCGUGUUGUCUUCUUGUGCUUCAAUUGGGGCCCUAGAGCUGGGCGGUUGGGUGGACACUUAUGUGUCUCAUAAUGGCUUAAGGCGUGAUGUUUACAUUGGUACUGCUUUAAUUGAUAUGUACGCUAAGUGUGGAAGUUUAGACAAUGCUCUUGAAGUUUUUGAAGACCUGCCUCAGAAAAAUGAGGUCUCUUGGAAUGCUAUGAUUUCUGCCCUAGCUUUUCAUGGUCGAGCAAAGGAGUCGUUAGCACUAUUUGAUCACAUGUUGAAAGAGGGUGGGCAUGUCUACCCAAAUGACAUCACGUUCGUUGGAGUACUCUCUGCAUGUGUGCAUGGUGGUCUGGUUACUGAGGGGCGCAGACUAUUUGCUAUGAUGUGCACUUCAUUUGGAUUGGUCCCAAAAAUUGAGCAUUAUUCUUGUAUGGUUGAUCUAUUUUCUCGUGCUGGACUUUUAUAUGAGGCCUGGAGCUUCAUUGAGAAGAUGCCUGGAAAGCCAGAUGAAGUUGUUCUGGGGUCAUUGCUUGGUGCCUGUCAGAAACGGCGAAAUGCAGAUAUUGGUGAGCGGGUGAUGCAGCUUCUUCUGGAAAUAGAACCUUCGAAUUCUGGGAACUAUGUUAUAUCAUCAAAACUCUAUGCUGAUGUGAAAAAGUGGGAUGAAUCGGCGAGGAUGAGAAUAUUGAUGAGACAAAGGGGUAUAACUAAGACACCUGGUUGCAGUUGGUUUGAAAUUGAGACUCAGCUACAUGAAUUUCAUGCUGGUGAUGGUUUGCAUCAUGGCACAGUGGAGAUGUAUGAAGUAUUGGUGGAUGAGAUGAAGAGGGAAGGUUACAUCCCGAAAGCUGACAAUUCCGAAGAAACUGAGGAUCAGUAAAUUGGAGUGAUUAAUGCAGUUCACAGGAAAUAAUAACAGCACAUGGAUGGCUUCUCUGGACUGACUUGCGAUGCCUAGUGCAGGAGCUUAGAACAAACCAUGGAUGAUUGAGAUAUGGUGAUUGUUUUUGUAUCUGUUCCUGCAAGCUCUCGAAGCACUUGGAACAGAGGAAUUUAAUGGUAACUGCAAGUUGGUUUCAUCUAUUUAUUCAUGUAUUUUUAUGAUGUGUUGAAAGACAGUGCUUCUGUCUGGUUCAUAGCAUAGCUGCUGUUGGGCGGUCACUAAUCUGCGGUUUCCUUUGGAGAGUGAGAGCGCCCAAGAAAUCAGAGAGGGUAUUGAUUGAACUGUACAUAUUUGUUUCUGCAUUUGAAUUGUGCAUUUGGAGCCCAAGAACCACGGGGGCCCUUCAGUAUCCCAGGUUUGGCUACUCUACAGUUAAUUUUAUACUUCAAUUUGCAGCAAGUGCCUUACAUAAGCUCGAAUGACUUACUAAUAAUUGAGUUGUUUAGCAGAUGGAAGUUUACAUGUUAUUGAGGCCUAUUGUGGAGGUAAUUGAAAUGUCCAGGCAACAGACUUGUAGACUUAAAGAUUUUUUGCUAAAAAUCACAAGAUUUUACUUUGAAGUUGGGGAUAUGUUAUUCUAAAGCUUGUGAGGAACUCUUGCGUCACUGGAUUAUGCAUGAGGUUGCUAUGCCUAAGGUUAUUCUACCCAUCUUGUCCCAUGACUGUAAUUGCUUACAGAUUCAGAAUCCAGAUGCAAUUCAGAAGUCGUGGCAAAUCAGUUUAGACUAGAUGAAAAGUGAUAGGUAAGUUGUAGGGUGGAAUGAGGAAAAUCUGGAACAGGCAUUUAAUGUAAGAUAAAUUUUCUUAAAUCUGUAUAUUCUGAUUAUAUCACCUACCUUGAGGAUCAAAUUCAGAUCAUAUUGAUUCAAACUCUUUCCUC